AUGACCGACAUACUUGAUCCGGUACAUCCGGCGAUCUCCAAGAUGCAGACUUUGAACGUCAAGACUGGAAUGCUAUCGUUACCCGUCGAACUGGUUAUAACCAUACUCGAAUACCUUCUCGGGCCUCCGGGAGAGUUCGAGGCCCACCGCGACGACUCGUUAGACUAUUAUCGACGCCGCGUCUAUGAAGCAAAGCUACAAAUCAAUACACCGUGGCAAUCCAUAGCAUCCCUCGCAGCAACAUGCAAACGUAUGUACGCCUUGGUCACACCACACCUCUACAAGGAGAACGUAAAAAGGGACCGCUCCUCCGCGCUCCUCCUGAGCGCCAAGAGAGGCAGCAUCCGCGGCGUGCUCAAGUCGAUCAUCUACGGCGCCGACGUCAACACGGACGACCACACCGGCCUCCACAGCUGCAGACAUCACUGCCGGACUGACCAGUUCGGCAGGCGGAGCUUCCAUACCCCGCUGACGGCCCUGCACUGGGCCGCAUAUCAUGGGCACGAGGACGCCGUCGAGAUGCUACUGCUGAACGGAGCUGACGCCGACAGGAGAGGCACCAUCGGGAGAGACUACGACGGUAUAAACAGCGUUGAGGAUUCCGAGCGCAUCUGCUACAGUCAACGCGCCAUGUUUGAGUACUCCAACACGGAGGUCAUCAGCACACGGAGGACGCAGUGGACAUGGAGUCUCGUAGGCGCCGCAGGAGUUCAAGGCGUCCCCAACAUGGGCGCGAACCCGCUGUUCUUCGCCUUGAAAGCAGGUACGUACCGCGACUGGUCCAACGAGUACCUGGUGUCUUCCAUCGAGCUCAGGAGGGCCUACGGAUGUCGAGAAGAGACCAGCGGAAUGAUCCGGCGGGACGAGUCGGGCACACGCAGGCGGAUGGCCAGGAUGCUGAUCUACGCCGGCGCCUCGCUCAUUACCCGACUGGAGGGGGGCAUACACGCGCUGCACCAGGCGUGCAUCUACGGCGACGCGGAGGUGGUGGAGUUCCUACUCCGCGAGACACCGACGAAUCCCAAUGUCAGGGAUGCUCGCGGCAACACAGCCUUACAUAUACUGGCGGACAGUCAGGGACAACUAGUGAUGCAGCAGCAAACGUCCUCUCGGCUGGGACACGCCGUGAGGCUGGAUGAGGAGUCCCUCACGGCCGUUAUAGUGCUCAUCGUUGAGGCCGGAGGGGACAUCAACGCUGUCAGUGGAAUUUGGGGGCAUACACCUCUGGAUAUGGUGCCCAAAUUUGACGAUGACGACUUGCUUCACAACAUCAGUAUCAUGUCUACCCACAGAGCUCUUGCCAUUCAUACAGUGGGGCAGCCUCCCGCGUUUAUUGAUCGGCCAACUCCAACCCCUAAAGAAGACGAGAUCCUAUUGAAAGUAUCGAUCGUUGGAUUGAAUCCUCACGAUGCUUCCGCCAAACGCAUCGGAACCUUCAUCAUGCACAACUUGCCUUCGCCUCUCGGAGUGGAUCUCGUCGGAGAAGUCGUUGAUUUUGGCCGCAACGUCACCAAGUACAAGGUCGGCGAUCGGGUGUUCGCCUUCGGAAACCCAUUAUCUGCGGACGCUACCGGCACUCAGGAAUACUGCGUGGUGCCGGCUUGGCAAUCGGCUCCACUGCCGAAAGGCGUCAGCGCGGACGAAGCCGCGACUUUCCCGCUGAAUGCCAUGACCAUGGUGUUUGCGUUGUUCCACGAAACUGGACUGGGCUUGCACAGUCCCUUUGGCCCUCGCCGGCAGGACUGCGACUACAGCGCAGAGUCGAUUCUGAUUAUCGGUGGCGGCUCCGCUACGGGCAAAUUUGGUGUGCAGCUGGCCCGACUGGCCAAAUUUGGGAACAUCAUCGUGGUGGCAUCGAAGGCGAGGGAGUCCGAACUCAAGGACCUCGGGGCCACGACUGUCAUUGAACGCACUCUGGAAGAAUCUGAGAUCGAAAGCCAGAUCAGGGGAGUAGUCGGUGAUGAUCUGAUAUACGCCGUGGACUGCGUUGGGCGUGGUCCGGGAGGACAGACGUUGGGCGCCAGGGCUCUUUCUAACCACAAGAAGGGCGUUCUCGCAGCGCUGGUCAAGUUGGGCACCGUCGAUGACUCGCGAAUUGGGCAAAAGACCGCCGGCUAUGUUCGAAACCAGGUUUUGUGCCAUACAACGAUGUACCCGGAUAUUACGAAGGAGGACGGUACCAAGAUCUACACCGACGUUUUCCGGCCUGCGACCUCCGAACAUGGAUCAUCCGUACCUGGGAUCAUUGCGUGGAGUCCCUAUGGAAAGGCAAAUCCACUUCAAACCUACGAGCACAUGGGACCUUUUGCCUGCGGCCUUCAGCCUGGCGACACGUCGGGGUAUAACAAGUUUGAAGGCCCAGAUCCAGCGGAUUGGUGCGGAAGGGGUUACGCAAUCAUCAACCCGGAUGCCCGAGGAGCAGGGUUUUCCGAGGGGAAUAUUGCACUCUGGGGAGAGCAAGAGGCCCAUGACUUUCACGAUCUCAUCGACUGGGUCUCGAAGCAGCCAUGGUGCAACGGCAACGUAGCCACCGCAGGCAACUCGUGGCUUGCUAUUUCCCAGAUCAACGUUGCCGCACGCAAUCCCCACCCCGCUCUGAAGGCCAUCGCGCCGUGGGAGGCUGCGACUGACGGCUAUAAAGAUUUUAUGGCCCGCGGAGGCAUCCCGAGAGGCGGCUUCAUGCCAAUGUUGUACCAGACUAUGACGGGCAUGCAUGGUGCAGAGGAUGGGAGUGCAAUGGCGAAGAAACGACCACUCCUCGACGAAUAUUGGGCAACAAAGGUCAUACCUGUCGACAAGAUCAAAGUUCCGAUGUAUCUGACUGCAUCUUACUCGACUCUGCUUCACUCAAGAGGAUCUUUCGAAACGUUCGAGAAGUCUGUAUUAUCCGAAAGAUGGCUUAGGGUUCAUCAUACUCAGGAGUGGUAUGACCUUUAUCAAAGAGCGCACGUGGAUGAGUUGCAGGCUUUCUUCGAUAAGUACUGCAAGGGAAUGAACACCGGCUGGGAGGAAACCCCAAGGCUCAGGCUAUCACUAUUAGCCUUUGAUCGAAGCAUUGCGAAGACGAUUAUUGAGAAAGAAGCGCCUUCUUUUCCUCUUCCAGCAACAGAGUACCGCAAAUUCUUUCUGGACAGCACCAGCAAUACCUUGACGGCGCAGCCACCUGCUGUGUCGGCCAAAUGUUCCUACGAGUCUCAUCACCUUACGGACAGCGCCAACUUUUCUUUCUACUUCGAUGACUACACGGAGCUGGCAGGAUAUCCAUAUGUCAAGUUGUUCAUUUCAUGCGACGAUCACGAUGACAUGGAUAUUCAUAUUCAGAUCCGAAAGAUCGGGAUCGACGGGACGCUGUUGACCAGCUUGAACUAUCCCGUGCCUGUACCUGGGGAACAAGUCGACGACACAAACGUCGCCAAGUUUCUUGGGUGUGAUGGCAUGCUCCGGGCCAGUCAUCGUGUCUCUCGGAUCAAAUCUGGCCAUGAUUACCCAGUCUAUGGACACGAUAAAGCAGAGAAAGUUGAUGCGGGCUCCAUCAUUGAGCUGGACAUACCAUUAUGGCCCAUUGUUGAGAUUGCCGGAGUUAAAGGUCUUGGAGAGAAGCUCGCCAACUGA